GCCGUCAUGGCGGCCCCCGGGGUGGAGGCGCGGGCGCUGUUCGCGGAGGGGGUCCGCGCCGUGCUGGGGGGGUGGGCGGCGCUGCAGCUGGCGGUGGCGCAGGGCUUCGGGGGGCCGCAGGGUCCCGAAAAGGCCGCGUGGCUCAGCUCGGCGCUGCUCGACUUCUUCACGCAGAACGCUGACCUGGAGCAGGAGGAGGUGGAGGAUUUCCUGGCCGAGGUGAUGGACAACGAGUUCGACACGGUGGUGGAGGACGGCAGCCUGCAGCAGGUGGGCUCCCAGUACGGACCAGUAUGGACCAGUACGGACUAGUGUGCUGCCAGCAGCUGGCCAGCCUCCCCCAGGCACUCCCAGUACAGCCCAGUUUGUCCUGGGGCUGCUCUCAGCAUCUUUCAGUGGCCUUUGGCCCUUCCUGGUACCCUUGGUGCCUUCCCAGCUGCUCCCAGUAUAAACCAGUAUGGACAAGGAUGUUCCCAGUAGCCACGCUCAGUUAAUCCCAUUCCAUCCCCAGACUGUUGCUACCAUCCUUCAGUGCUCUCAGAGCCUCCCACUAUAGACCAGUUUGUUUUCAGUGCUCUUUUACUUCCUCCCAGUCCAUUCCAGUCCCACACAUCGCCCUUCAGCAUCCCCCACAUCCAUCCCAGUACAUCCCAGUCCAUCCCAGCUCAUCCCAGUCCCACAUAUCACCCCU